CCUACAAUCAUCACCAUCAUCAUCAUCAUCCUCUGAAUUCUGAAAACCAUUUGCGUCAUUUUCUUCAAUCAUUCACCACACUCUCUCAGGGUUUUAUCGAAAUGUUUACCAGAAGCCGGCGUUUCCCUUCGUCUUCUUCAUCCUCCGACAAGAAUUCAGAUAAUUCAGUUUCAAACAAAAAGGUCAUCAACGCCGUCAAGACCCGGUUAACGAAGAAACGUCCCGCUCUCGCCGAAGUGACCAAUAACAAAAAUGCAUCUCUCGUCAAAACCUCCGUUGGUGCUCCAUCUAAACCUAUGGUUCCGUGUGCAUCCAAAACUGCGAAGACAAAGAAGGAUUCUAUUGCAAGUUCAAAGAAAAAUGUUACGUCUAAGAACACUUUGCAACCCCCUUUGAGAGUUAAAUCAAGUGAAUUGGUGCCUGUUAACGAGGCAUGUUUGACCAAAACUAGUGAAACUAAGUCUGAAGUUCAAGCCUCCAUUGCUGGGCCAAGCAAUGAUGGUGCUGUUUGUCCUGAUUUUAAGAGUGUGGUCUGUGCUCCAAGAUGGAUGGACAUUUCUCCUAGUAACACCUUUAGUGGUUCUGUUUCACUAGAUGAGAGCAUGUCAACCAAUGAUUCUUUGAUGAGUCCGGAAUUCAAAUAUACUGGCAAUGACGAUGUUGCGUCGAUCAAAUCAAUUGAAAAUCGAACGAGCAACAUUCUCAAUAUUUCAGACUCUUCCAAAAUGGCAGGGAGAAUACAAGAUAUUGACACCAUACUGAAGUCAAAAGCAAAUGAAGUUGUUGAUAUUGACUGCAAUUUCAAAGACCCGCGGUUUUGUGCAUCCAUUGCCAAUGAAAUCUAUGAAAAUUUGCGUGUAUCUGAGAAAAAUAAAAGGCCAUCUAUAGACUUCAUGGAGAAGAUACAGACAGACAUCAAUGCCGGCAUGCGGGCAAUGCUUAUUGAUUGGCUUGUGGAGGUUGCCGAAGAGUACAGACUUCUACCUGAUACACUAUUUUUGGCAGUUAACUACCUUGAUCGCUAUCUUUCAGGCAAAGCAAUGAACAGACAGCGGUUACAACUACUUGGUGUUUCCUGCAUAAUGAUUGCCGCUAAAUACGAGGAAAUCUGUUCCCCCAAGGUGGAAGAGUUCUGUUAUGUCACUGAUAAUACAUAUUCUAAGGAGCAGGUGUUGGAGAUGGAGUCCUCUGUGCUGAAUUUCUUGAAGUUUGAAAUGACAGCUCCUACAACUAGAUGUUUUUUGAGACGCUUCAUUACUGUCGCCCAACAAACAUAUGAGGUUCCAUUGAUGCAGUUGGAGUAUUUGGCGGACUAUCUAGCAGAGUUAUCGCUUAUAGAGUAUGAUAUGCUUAAGUACACCCCGUCACUAAUAGCUGCAUCAGCCACUUUCUUGGCUAAAUAUAUACUACUUCCUAUGGAGAAACCUUGGAACUCCAUGCUAAGGCAUUACACGGGUUACCAAGCAUCAGAGUUGUGUGAAUGUGUUAAGGGACUACAUUUCUUGUACUGCAAUGGCUAUCAUAAUUCACCUUCCAUUACUGCUAUCAGAGAGAAAUACAGUCAGCAUAAGUUCAAGUUUGUGGCGAAGAAGAAUUGUCCUCCAUCAAUACCAGUAGAAGUAUUUCACAACUGAUCCUACAUACAAUUACAAAAAGUGGAUAGCAAAACACUAAAUUGAACAUUCUUGACAUAUUUGUCAAAAAGUGAUAUAUUUGUCAGACAACUAAAUUGAUUUUUUAAGAAAAGGUCACAACCGAGUGUUUAAAAAUGUACAAAAAAGUGUUACUACUAUUCAAAUAUUUGGGGCGCCUGUUUUGCAAGUUCUAGACUGGGAGCAAAGGGAUGUAAAGUUGCUUCUCAUUGCCUUGUGGAUUUUUCGCUUGUACCAUUUUUGUGCCAUUCAUUAUG